AUGAAAACAGGAGCCGUGGGCGGUGGGGGUAGCCAUCUCUACAUUCAGCAUAAGCAGAACCUCGAGUUUAAAUAUCUCUAUUUCAAGAUCCAGAAGCUCAUUAACAAGAAGGUCAACCUUAGUCUCAAGUAUGAACAGUUGAAAUCUCCGGAGAUUCACUCCACUUUGAUAAAGCCCAUCACUGACACAAUUAUCAAAACGGCUGAUGCAAAAUCACUUCUAUACAAGCUAAAGACUUACGAUAUUUACAAGUAUGGGGAAGAACAGACUGUGUCCGACAAGGUUGUCUUUAUUCUUCUUCUUCUACGGUACGAAUACCUCAUUCAGUCAGAAAACAACUUGAUUUCUCAUGAAUUGCUUAUAACUAAAGCCAACCUAUGUGAGUUAUUGGCUAUCCGAAUGUUGAGGGAGUACAAGUCCUACAAUCGAAUAAACCUACUUUUCAUUAAUCCGUUGCGGACCCAAACUUUCAACACCUUGGAGUUGGCCGUUCUUUCGAAUUCAAAGAGAUUCUUGACCCAGCCCAUUAUUGUUAGAAUUUUGGACAGAUUCUAUAAUGGAGAGUUGAUCAGAGAUUCGUUGUACAACAUGGAGAACGACGAUGACGAAAGAUCAUUAAUAGGCAACAACGUUAAGCACAAUAAGCUUGCAAAGUUAACAUUCAAGAACAUUGUUAGCAGAUGCAGAUAUGUGCCAAAAUACCAGUCGUUGGUUAUAAACUUGAGACUUGUAGCCUUUAUGAUGAUGUACUUUUUGCUCAUUCUUUCUAAGAGAGGUAGCCAGUUCAGCAAGUAUUCAUUGUCAGGUAUAGAAACCGCCUUUUGGUUAAUUGGAAUGCAGUUGAAUUUGGAAUUUCUCUUGAAGAUCUCCAAGAUCGAAGUGAGGUUCUUCCGAAUGAUUAUAUGGAACCAUAUAGACUUCAUCUUGAUAUGUCUUGUGGAUUUAUCCUUUCUUUUGAAAAUUACAUACCUGCCUUACUACAGAGAUGUGUUUAGUUUGAUUUCAAUUAUCAUACUCCCAAGAAUGCUAUCUGUUCUCAACAACUAUCGGUUUUUCAAUUUGAUAAUUGUCUCGUUCAACAGAAUGAUGUGGAAUUUGAUGGGACUCCUUUGUUUCUUCACCUCCUUGAUCAGUGGGUUCUUCUUUGCAUUUAUCACUUUAUCCAAAGAUCGGUCUAAUUACGAUAUCAUGUUUGAUAUGGUGAAGAUAUUCUUUGGAUUCACACCGUCUGUGUGGAACAACUGGGACAACUACAACCCGCUAGGAAAAACAAUUCAAAUGGCGUAUUUAUUCUUGAUUCAGUUCUUCAUUGGCACUGUCAUGGCUAUCGUGUUGAGUAGAGUAUUUGCAAAGGUAAACGAGCAAAACCAACAGGAAUUUGAUUACUUCAAGGCUACCAACUUGAUUCUUUACUUCAAAAUGGCUGAAAUCAACAGUGAGAACUCAGCCAUCAUGAAAUUGUUGAAUCUUGCAAACUUCCCAACUAAUGUUUUGAUAAUGACAUAUGAAAUGCUGAUCGGUAGGUUCUUUGUACCUACUCAAGAUACUACAAACGAACUCAAAUUCUACACAUUCCUCUCCAGGAAUGACUACGACCAGGAGCUUGUUGAUAUGCUCAGCGAAGAUGCAGAUGGCGAAAGCUUAUUGGUGCAAAAGAGAUAUAGCCAAAUCAAGGCUACACCUGCUUUGAAUCAGGUUCAGUCCAUAAGCACGUUGGGAGGAAACUUCCGGAGUGCAUCGACUGAUUCCAACUUCAUCGAUGAAAUCUUGAAUAAGAAAUACGGCAAGAAGUCGAUUCCUUUGGAGAAGGUGAAGACAAACAACAGCGAC